UUCUUGUGUUUUCUCCUCCAGGUGCAUAAUUCUGCCUGGUGUUUAUCUUGUGUUACAUUCGGUGUGAAUGCCUGAGUAGGCAACUGAAUGGAGGCUUUCUGAUGGUUCGAAGUUUUGGGACUUUACAGAAGAUUGGGAUCUUAUAAAUUGGACAGCUAACCGACACACUUGCUGAAUUUUUUACCUCCUCAUCCUCUUUCUGACAGCAGAAAUAGUCCUAGUUCAGAGAGAGGGGGGGGGAUUGGCUUCGAUUUGGAGAACGUCAAUGCUAUGGUGAACUGUUUCUUUAUUCCGAGAAAUCUUUUUUUGUUAUGUGUAGAACUGAUUCAACUCAGAGAUAAGGGCUAACACUCUGUGGGUAUUGGGAGUCAUCAGCCAUGGUAAAACUGGCAAAUCCGUUGUACACUGAGUGGAUUCUGGAGGCGAUCCAGAAAGUGAAAAAGCAGAAACAGAGACCCUCGGAGGAAAGGAUUUGCCAUGCUGUCGCCUCAUCCCACGGAUUAGACAGAAAAAUUGUCCUGGAACAACUGGAACUCAGCGUCAAAGAUGGGACAAUCUUAAAGGUUACAAAUAAGGGACUUAAUUCCUACAAGGAUCCAGACAAUCCGGGACGGAUUGUGCUCCCGAAACCUCGGAAUCAGUCCAAGUCAGAUGUUAAACACAGUGUCGAUUGGAAUAAACUGCUCAAAAGGGCGAUCGAUGGCUUGACGGAGCCCAACGGUUCAUCGUUGAAGAACAUAGAACGGUUUCUGCGGGCUCAGAAGGAUGUGAUAGCGGUUUUUGGAGCUGGUAGCUCCACCGCCCUCCACCAGCAGCUGAGACUUUUCCUGAAACGUGCCAUCAGCCACGGCAGAAUCGUCAAGGAUGGGCCCCUGUACCGGCUCGUGCGUGGCAAAACAGCCGGCGACGGCAAGCAGGUCCGCGAGUCGAUCUGCUGCCUGCCACCGGUUAGCCUGCUGACUCACGAAAAGGAUAAGCCCCGUGCAGAACCAAUUCCAAUCUGUGGAUUUUGUCUGGGAACAAAGGAGCAGAAUCGAGAGAAGAAGCGCGAGGAACUCAUUUCCUGUGCAGACUGUGGUAAUAGCGGUCACCCGUCCUGUUUGAAGUUCUCUUCGGAACUAACGACUCGUGUGAAGGCCUUACGAUGGCAGUGUAUUGAAUGCAAGACAUGUAGCACCUGCCGGGACCAGGGGAAAAAUGCUGAUAACAUGUUGUUCUGUGACUCCUGUGAUCGAGGUUUCCACAUGGAGUGCUGCGACCCUCCUCUCACCAGGAUGCCCAAAGGUAUGUGGGUGUGUCAGAUAUGUCGGCCACGGAAAAAGGGAAGAAAACUGUUACACAAGAAAGCGGUACAGAUUAAACGGCGCUAUGCAACUGCAAUAGGGCACUCGAAAAAUAGAUUAAAGAAAACGACAGUAUCAAAAGGUUCUCAGUCAUUCGACAAAGAGAGACAAGGCCCUGGUCGAGGGCGCAAACGCAAAAUGCUGGCAAUCCCUUCCUCAAAGUCGGGUCGUUUGGAUGGACUGGGUACUUUGAACUCACGAAUCAGCAAAUCAUCCCGCCUGAAAAUGAAUAAGAAAACCAAAGGGCUCAUUGACGGCCUUAGCAAAUUCUUCACCCCUUCCCCCGAUGGCCGCAAGCCUCGGGGUGAACUUCUGGACUUAGCUGAGCAAUACAGGCUCAAGAAAAAGGGGCCACGAAAAUCAAGCACUUCUGACAACGGCACAUGGCCCACAGACAAUCAGGGCCCGUGGGGCUGCAAGCAUGAGAAUGAGGAUGACCAAUCACUGAGCAAAGACAUUGUGACGGAGAAAGACUUGGACUUAUUUCAACAUGUUCAGGAAGUUGCACUGGAGAAAGUUGGAGUUACUGGCCCACCUGAUCCACAAGUCCGCUCACCUUCUGUUAUUGAAUUUGGGAAAUAUGAGAUCCAGACCUGGUAUUCCUCUCCGUAUCCCCAGGAAUAUACCAGGUACAGUAUGUCUGAGCUUAGUGAUUUUUGUCUGAAGUACCAACAGGCUGAUCAGGCUGUUUAUUGUCACGUGUGCAAGGUACAGUGGUAUCACCCACCAGCAAAGGUAGAUUUACCUCAGGAACUGCUCUCUGUGUUUGAGGUGGAUGGGAACAUCAGCACCAUAUACUGUCAGAACCUUUGCCUACUGGCCAAGCUCUUCCUUGACCAUAAGACCUUGUAUUAUGAUGUGGAGCCCUUUCUCUUCUAUGUCCUGACUCAAAACGACAACAAGGGCUGUCAUCUCGUGGGCUACUUUUCUAAGGAGAAGCAUUGCCAGCAGAAAUACAACGUUUCCUGUAUUAUGAUUCUCCCCCAGUACCAGAGGAAGGGAUAUGGAAGGUUUCUCAUCGACUUCAGUUAUUUGCUGUCGAAGCGAGAAGGCCAGGCUGGGUCGCCAGAGAAGCCACUGUCUGACUUGGGCCGCCUCUCGUACAUGGCCUACUGGAAGAGCGUGAUCUUGGAGUGCCUUCACCAAUGUCAUGACAAGCAACUUAGCAUCAAGAAGCUGAGCAAACUAACGGGGAUCUGUCCCCAGGAUAUCACCACCAUUCUCCACCAUCUAAAGAUGUUACAGUUACGCAGUGACCGGUUUCUGGUCAUUCGGCGAGAGAAGCUGAUUCAAGAUCACAUGGCAAAGCUUAAAGCUAAUCCACGGCAGAUUGAAGUUGAUCCGGACAGUUUACGUUGGACUCCUUUAAUCUUUUCCAACACGGUAGUGUCCGAGGAAGAGGAGGAUGAGGAAGAGGACGAAGAGACUCCAGCAUUAAAGACUGAAGACACCAUUGAGUUGUGGGAUAAAAAGGAACUCAAUGGCUAUACACCAAUCCAGAACGGCCGGCAAAUCACAUUGUGUGCAUCAAACGGCAAAACCCGGCAGGACAUCAUUGCCGAAGGUCUUCUGCCUAAUGGUGAUGGCAAGAGGAAGCAUUUCAGUGAAAGCAGUGAGGAGGAAGAGGAGGAGGAGGAGGAGGAAGAUGGUGAGGACGAAGAAGGCGACGAGGCAAGGCCAAGUUCUCCGCCUGUACUCACAAAACCAGCGCUGCGUGGAGUGAAGAGGAAGAGAGUGGUAAUUCACCGGAAGAAACGUGGGAGGAAACGCAAACAGCACAACAGCAGCGUUGUCACAGAGACCAUCUCCGAGACGACCGAGGUGCUGGAUGAACCAUUUGACGACUCCGACACCGAGCGGCCGAUGCCACACCUGGAACCCACGUUCGAACUGGAAGAGGAUGAGAGGAACGAGAAGGAGCAUCGGGGAGUCCGCAUCUUCAGGAGCUUGGAACCGGGUGGCGCCAUCCGAAAGCGCACUUCGUGCAAGAGAAAGGUGGCAGAGGAUGAGGUCAAUGCCAAUGAAGUUCAAGGAGAAAAUGCGCCUGAAUCCUUUGCCCCCAUGAGGAAAGAUAAAGUCAAGGAGUCCCCCGUACCCAAAUCCCCGCCCUUGGUGUUGAAGCGCAAGAGAGGGUGGCCGAAAGGCGUGAAGCGGGGGACAAUCAAGUGGAAGAAAAAGCCCGGGCGCAAGCCAGGCUUCAAGCUCGCCCGAUCGAUCGCGGCAGUGGAGAACGGAGUUCCACCGCCAGCAAAUGCUGUCCCGAAGCAAGGUCGUCCCAACCGCAGCGAGGAGAGGAGGAAUUCCGUCGUGGAGUCGAAGGUUGUGGACCUGCCCAUCGCGUACAAAAAAGAGGACGAGGAGGAAGAGGAGGAUGAGGAGGAGCUGGAGGAAGAGGUGCCGUGCGACGUGCAGAGAAUGCCGCCCGAAUCUCUCAGCCCCCCUCCGAAGGUUGAGGAGCAGGAGGCGGACAUUGAGACUGAGGAGAAGUCUGAAUCGGUGGAGCAAGAGGGGCAUACUGACGAGGAGCACGAGCAGGAAGAGGAGGAGGAGGAAGAACUCAACCAGAAUGAAGACCAUGAUGCUGACGAUGAAGACGAAGGGCAUCUGGACCCCGAUGACAAGAAGAUAGAGGAGACUGUAAAGGAAAACGCAAAGGAGGAAUCUCCCAUCCAAGAGCGUUUUUUAGAGACGAGCGCCCUGGAUAAAAAUAUUGAGUGUGAAAAUGUGAUGGAUGCAGAUUCCGAAGAAGAUCAGGCAAACGACACAUCGCUGGACUCUGAGCUCGUGCCGCCUUCAGACGAAGACCGCGUGGACGAUCAGGACAGCAAGGAGACUCUGAUCCCGGAGUUCAAAGACGAGGAGGAAGAGGAGGAGGAGGAGGAGGAUGAGGAAGAGGAGGAAGAUAUCUCGCACAGCGAGCUUGAUCUGGAAACCGUGCAGGCCGUCCAGUCGCUGACCCAGGAGACCAACGGCGAGCAGGACGGGACGUACCAGGACUGUGCGGAGACCCUGGAAGCCUGCCAGAACUUGCAGAGCUACAACCAGGCUGAAGAGAGCCCGCAGAUAACCAUGGUGGAGGACUGCCAGCAGUCGGGCCACAACAGCCCCAUCUCCUCCGUUCAGUCGCACCCCAGCCAGUCGGUCCGUUCGGUCAGCAGCCCCAGUAUGCCGACCUUAGAGAGCAACUACACGCAGAUAAGUCCCGAGCAGGGUUCCCUGUCCGCCCCCUCCAUGCAGAACAUGGAGACCAGCCCCAUGAUGGACGUGCCGUCUGUGUCCGACCACUCGCAGCAGGUCGUCGACAGCGGCUUCAGCGACCUGGGCAGCAUCGAGAGCACAACGGAAAACUACGAGAACCCCAGCAGCUACGAUUCCACCAUGGGCGGCAGCAUAUGCGGCAAUAACACGUCACAGACCAGCUGCUCGUACAGCGGCCUGUCUUCAUCCAGCAGCCUGACGCAGAACAGUUGCGUGGUGACCCAGCAGAUGACCAGCAUGAACAGCAGCUGCAGCAUGAUGCAGCAGGGCGGCGUCACUGCCCCGGCUAACUGCAACAUGAAGUCGCCGCAGAGCUGUGCCAUCGAGAGGCCCCCGAGCAACAACCAGCAGCAGCAGCAGCAGCCACAGCAACAACAACAGCAGCCGCAGCCACAGCCACCACCGCAGCCGCAACCACCACCGCAGCAGCCCCAGCAACAGCCACCGCAACAACAACAACAGCAGCAGCAGCAACCACUGUCCCAAUGCAGCAUGAGCAACAGCUUCACCACGGCCCCCAUGACUCUGAUGGAGAUCCCCGAGACGGCCAACGCUGCCGCCAUGAGCCUGUACGACAGAAUGGGGCAGGGGGACUUUGGAGCCGGUGGCUACCCCCAGCCUUCGGCCAACUUCAGCCUGGCCAGGCUUCAGCAGCUGACCAACACCAUCAUGGACCAUCAUGCCAUGCCUUACAGCCACUCGGCUGCUGUCACCUCCUAUGCAACCAGUGUGUCUCUGUCCAACUCGGGCCUGGCUCAGCUGGCUCCCUCGCCCCACUCGCUGGGGGGCACGCCCCAAGUGCAGUCCACCAUGACCCCGCCGCCCAACCUGGCAUCGCCCUCCAUGAACCUGUCCUCGCCCCUGCUGCAGUGCAACAUGGCCACCUCCAACCUGGGCAUCCCCCACACCCAGCGGCUGCAGGGCCAGAUGCCGGCCAAGGGCCACAUCUCCAACCGCUCCAAGUCGGCCCCGCUGCCGGCCGCCGCCGCCGCUGCAGCCGCCGCCACCCACCAGCAGCAGAUCUACGCCCGCAACACGCCGGCCCUGGCCCAGCGCGCCAUCACGGUCCAGCGGGGCAUGAACAUGGGCGUCAACCUGAUGCCCGCCCCCGCCUACAACGUCAACUCCAUGAACAUGAACCCGCUGAACCCCAUGGGCAGCUACCGCAUGAGCCAGCCGAUGAUGAACAGCGGUUACCACGGCAACGCGGCCUACAUGAACCAAACCGCCCAGUAUCCCAUGCAGAUGCAGAUGGGCAUGAUGGGCAGCCAACCCUACGGCCAGCAACACAUGCAGUCCAACACCCACGGCAAUGUGAUGUACACUGGUCCAUCUCACCACAGCUAUAUGAACACAGGCAUGUCCAAGCAAUCACUAAAUAGCCCGUACAUGAGAAGAUGAGGGAAGCUUCUUGGAGGCAACAUUUAAAAAUAAGAUAAAGCCACUGUUUAUACUCUUUGACAACAGAAAUAAUGGAAAUUUCAAAUAGAACGGUUGCUGUAGACAUAGGAAUUUCAUGAACUGCUUAAGGCCAUGUUCGCAGCGCCUUGGCCUUAAUCUCCCAGCCCCGAGAGAGAGAAAAAAGAAGAAAAGAGAAAUUCUGCAACAGAAUUCAAUAAGAAGAAAAAAAUGGUUUAAGGAACCAUGCACAAGAAAUCUUUUAAUUAAAAGAAGCCUUACUUAAUGAAUUGUAGAAAUGAAAAACUAUCUGCUUUUUAUAUUUUUAAUUUUUUUAAUCUUUCAGUUUGUGUGUGCAGUCCACAUUUUUAUAGAGUCCAUAGAUAUGUGAGCCCCUGAGGGAGGACUGUCCAGGUCUCCGUUUAUUGACUUGGCACAGGGCAGGAGGCACUUAUCCCAUACUCUGCCUUGGUGAUAUUGUUGCAGGUGUGGCUGUGAUUUAUUGAUCUCUCUGUAUCCCACCCCCCAACCUCCCCCUCUCCCCCCAUGCCAGUAGGUGAAACCAGAUCGCUUGUGGACUUCCAACUUUAAUGCUGAGGGGCACCCUUCCCCCCCCCCCCCCCCCCCCCCUCCCUCUCCCCCCCCCUCCCCUCCGUUGGUAUUGAGUUUGACUCGAGCUCAGCAUGCAACAGGCCCAAGAGCAUUUUCACGUAUGUUAUAACUAUGUUUUUAACAUUGCUUCUUAUGUCACUGCAAGCCAUUUCACUCGUACGCCUUUAUUUUUUUAUGAGAAUUGACAGUAUUUGUUCUAGCACUUUCGAAGGGCAGCCCAGGGUCCUGAAACAUUUGAGGCUUAAAAAAACGUUUAAUUUCCACUUUAUUUUUUCUUCAGUGAAAUUCUCAAUCAUGAGAAAGAAACCUAUUCAGAUUUAUCAGACUAUGUAUUUUUGGUUCCAGUAUUUAUCAGAUGCAAAAGACUGCAAUAUUUGCAACUGUUAAUUUCUUUUCCCCCUCACCUGCCCGACCCUUCCCGUAAUCACACGAGGUUUAAUUGCUUCCAAAUCCAGUCUCAAUUAGCUCACUAAGUGGCAAGAUUAGCUCAGGAGUCGCGUAGUUAAGGAGAGGAGUAUCUUGACUCUUGUUUGCUACCAUCUAUCACUAUCAAUGGUCUUUAGUUAUCAGAGUUCAGCAAUCCACUGGUAUCUUCCAGGUGGAGACAAAGGAGAUGUGUUGUAAGAGAGGAAUUGGUGGUGAAUGUACAUCGACAGGACAGUGUGAGGGGGGGUACGUUAAGAAGAUGCUCGUUGGCAUCCCAAAUCCCCAGAGCUGUGGGUACCGAAAGGAAAAAUAAUCAUCUUGAAUGUGAGACCAGGUAGAGGCCAGUGAUGAUAAAUGGUACUGAACUCUCAAAGAGAGGUUUACAGCCAGGAUGUCAUCAGAUAAGGCAAAUGGCAGGCUCCCUGUUCUGAAACCCACCACCAAGGUCAAGUGAUAGGGGAGUGGGGGUUAGGAAAUGUUGCUGGAUUGUAGCUGGCAGCCAACCCCAGCCCAGAGAUGUGUAUCAUCGGUGCAGGUCCACACCACGCAGCCCGUUCACCAGUCCACAUCCUUCUCUUUUCCCCACCGUCCGAUUAAUCUCAUGCUUUUUCAAGAAAAAAAAAGGAUGUGAUGUGAAAUCUUCCCACAGCGGCGGCGGGCGAGAGUUUUGAAAAACAUGCAUGUUCGGCACACGCCUACGUGUAUGCCCUGUGUGGCCCGUGUCGCACCUGAUGGUUUAUUUUUUAUUCGUAGUGAAUCCCAUUAUUGGAAUUGCAUCCAUCAAAAAAAAAAAAACCAACAAAAAAAAAAAACCACUCCACACUUCUGGGCUGGCCUUCAAGUGUGAUUGAUGGAAUACUGUUGAUUUGGGGUGGGGUGGGGUGGGAGGGAGAAGGGAAGAUGUUUUUAAAAAAGAAAAGGAAAAAAAACCAAACCAGUUUUAGCCCAGAACACCAGAUAUAUUACAGAUUGACAAAGAAGAUUUGUCUUUUCUCCUUCUUAUUGUUUCUGGUGUUCUUGGUUUGUUGGAUCAGGCAGCUUCCUUUUUUGAAAGCUAAACUGGCUUAUUUUGACUUUAGGAUUAUUAUAGAAAAUGUUUUUCUAUAUUAAAAAUGAAUUUAUCCUACAUAAUAUUGGUACUUGUCAUUUUUCAAUUCUGUUAAGAGGUAUUUUUAGCAGCUAAACUUGGGUAAUCUUAACUGAAUCUGUUAGUGAUUCUCAGAUGCCUUUUAAAGAACUCACAUUUCAUUCCAUCUCUAGAGUUUUUCUAUCUUUGUUGUAGAAUAUUGAAGCUAUUUUAAAAAAAAUAAAUUCUCCAGACUUAUAGUGUGUGUGAAUAGACCUCCUCCAGACUCCAAGCCGCAUGUAAAAAGCUGAAUAUUCAUGUCUGUUUAUAUUGCUUUCUUUUUUGUAGCCUUUGUACUUGUACAUGGUGACUGUAAGCUACGAGGAGGGAUUAACAUGGCCUGUGCACACAGUUGCCAGCACCGGCCACACUCCCUCUUCAUCUCCCUUGUAUGUAAUAUCAUUUUUCUUUCUAGCAACUACUUUCAAAGACCUCUGUACAUUUUAACAUAAAUAAAUUAUGUUGAGCCAUU